GUUGGAGAGUGUGGUGGUCGUCGAGCCAGGAGUCAGUCCUUAGUCUUCAGUCAGUGUUAUGAGGUGAGAGUGAGAGCAAGUGCAAGUUAGUGUUGUGUUAUCAGUGGCGCUGGAGUGAUAAGGACGAUAGGUCAUGAUAGACCUCAAACCGUGGAUCUUGCUGGGUGUCGUGUUACUGGGCUCGAUAGACUCCGUGCGAGUGCAGAGAGGAACCUCAGAGCUCAAUGAUGCCUUCAAGGGGCGUGACGUAAACAAAACCAUCGCCAAGGUGGAGGCGAUCCUGGCCAGGAACCCAGCUCUACCUCGCCUCACCCGGGGAGAGAUACUGGCACUGUUCGAGAACAUCACUAAGGCAGACGCAGCGAAAAACAAGAAAAAUGAACCACUCAAGUCGUCAGAGGCAGUCAAGAAACCGGAACAAGAAUCCCUUAUGGUUGUCCUUCCUUUCAAUGCAAACUCCGAACAAAACACAGGGUUGGAAGAUCUUUACACGAGACAACCGGUGACGAGGAUAGUCGGAUACAGUACGACAACACCAGCGUCUACUACCACAAGUAGUACUGAGAGGCCGAAGAGGAAGAAGAAGAGGAAGAACGGCAACAGAAGAAAACCUAUGAAUCAGGAGAUAAGGCCUGUGUAUAUCGAUGAAAGUAGAACGACCACAAGUUCACCUAUCGUCGCGGAUCAGUGGAAUCCUAUUGAUUCGGAACGUCCGUCAGUGAAAAAGCAAAAUGUCAAUAGUGGCAUUGAAGUUCCUAACUAUAUGCAGGACACAUUGGAUACGUUCCAAAACUCUAAUAACCAAGUGUUUGUCACGUUACCAACACAGAAGCCACGGUCUACAACCACUACAACAAGUCCUCCUCCGAGUUCAUCUCCGCCUCCAAAUAUAUCUAUAGCUGCUCAAUCCCUCACUCCUGAAUUAAAAAACUUGCUGGUCUCAUUAGGAUUGUUGAAUCCUGAUGGAUCUCAGGUUUCCACAUCAUUUUCAACAACGACAACUACAACGCAUUCUCCUCAACCUUUAAUACAAUACAUUUCAAUCAAUCCUACUGUUGAUCCUGCAUCCUAUGUGGUAUUUAAACCUCUUCCAAUAUCCAAUUUCAGAGGAAACAACCGAGGGAACAACGAAGAGAAGCUGUCUGAAGACAUGAGACAUUUCCUGGCUUCAUUUGGUCUGACGGGCGACACAGAAGGAUUCCGUUCUCAAAAGUCAUUUGAUGAAGAUAACCGUCUGCGCAAAUCAAUAACAUCAUCUACUUCAACUUCUACUUCUACAACAACAUCGACUUCAACUACUACGACUACAGAUAAACCGGAGUAUUCUGAAAAUAACGCACCUGAUGAUUCAUCGUUACCUGAUAUCAACACAGCGAUUUUAACAGACGACAUGAAAGAUGUGCUUGAAGAUAUCGGUCUUAUGAAAAAGUCCGGAAGGAAGUAUAAAGGUGUAAUUUUCAACCCAGCAAUGAGAACUGCUGUCCUAAAUCAAUCCGAGGAAAAAGAAAAAGUCGACAAGCUUUUGCUAACUAUAAAGGAACUCUCGGCUGCUGAGAAAAAUAAAAGCCUAAGUGCCGAACAAGUGGCGGAACAGAUACAAAACCUUACAUCGAGUCUCGUCGAGGAAACUAAGGAAAACUCAUCUGAGCAAGAAUUAGUUGAGGGAGAAGAGUCAGAAAUGAGCUACGAAGGAUAUGAGCCCGCUGAAGAAGAACUUCUUAAGCUACAAAAUGGAUUUGUCGAUGACGAUUUGAAAGACGAUUUUCCUAUAGAAACUUCUGAAACGGAAACCAACGGAAAUAAUAGUAACAACGAACUACCCCUUGAUACUGCUUUUAAUGCAAACAAUAAAAGGCCAUCUCUAAAGGACUCUCCGAAUCCUCCUGAUCCUUUGUCUGUCGAGGAGCUUCACCAUUUUGUUGAAAGUAAUAAAAAUGAAGUAAAACGUCAACAGCCCAAUAACGUGACGGAUAUUUUGGAUCAACCUGCGACAAGCACAAAUGAACCAAGUUCAAGUACAGAAUCGUCUUCAGAUGAUUCAAAGUCAAAUUCUUCAUUCUUUGAUACGCCCUCUUCAGACUCGUCUUCUUCUGAUUCUUCCAGUUCUUCAGACUCAUCCUCAUCAGCUGCUGGUGAUUCUUCAAGUGAUUCCGAAGAUUCCACUCCCUCUCAAGAUGAUCUUAUUGACUCAUUUGGUGGAGAUAAUCCUCCGGAGAACAGACCAAACGGUCUCUACUUCUUGGUGGACUGGAACACUUUCUUAAGGGUUGGCACGGACAAUAAAACUGUUGACUUGAACUUCUCGCCAAAGGUUGGAGAUCCCAAGAACUUCCUCCCUGUUACUGUACCUUGAAAAUACCUGUAAAACGUAAUUUAUUAAGAUUAUUUAUUCAUAAGAUAAAAUAUUGUACAUACAACUAUGUAUAAAUAGUAGUGAUAGACACCUUCUUUGCUCACUUAGUUAGUUUUGUAUAGUCUGUGUGCAAUGUUUGCCGCUCAAAAUGUACAUUUUAGUAUUAUUAUGCCACGUAUUUAAAUUUUUAUUUCUAAAGACAUUUAAAGUUGUUAGUCACAGAAACCGAAAUGGUGAAUAACUUUACUUACUUUCUUUUUAAGAUCAACUAUUCUCAUUACUGUACAAAGUUCACUGUGCUUGCAAUUAAGAAAAAACUUAUAAGGAAAACAUUUUCAGCAAAGUAUUUUUUACUGACAAAAUGCAGUAAAUUACGAUGACACCUGUUUUAUUAUUGAAUAUUUAACUAACUAUUAUUUACCUACAAUGACACUCGAAUACAGUUUUUAGAUGGUUUUUAAAAUCGCAUGAUAUAUAAGAACAUGACAAAGAUAGUUAGAGCGUAUCCGUAAGUAUAAUGUAAAAAUUGUAAAUAAACAUUUUAUUACUAUUUGAAA